CCCCGGCCGCUCCAGGGGCCCAAUCAGCGUCGGCGGCGGCCGCGGGGACUCCUCCCCUCGAGAGCCCGCCCCCGCCCCCGCCCGAGGCCCCGGAAGGUGCGGAGCUCUCGCGGCUGCGGACUCGGGUUGCCGAGGCCGGCUGUCUGUCGGAGGCCGCCUCCUUCUCCCGGAAACACCGGGCGGGGGGAUUCCACACCCCGGGCCGGCCGGGGGAGGAGGAGGAGGCGGAGGCUGGGGCGGGGGCGGGGGCUGCUGCUGCUGCCCUGGGCGGGGCGGACACGGCUCCUGGCUGGGUGUGCGUGGGGAGUCGCCGAGCGUCCCGCGGCCGCCCCGGAGAGCCCGGAAGGAGCCGCCGCCGCUGCCGCCGCCUCUGCCAACCGAGGAGGAGGAGGAGGAGGAAGAGAAGGAGGCGCUGCUGCCCGGGCCGUCCCAGCUGCUGCCAGACCGUCGUGCAUGGAGACUGCGCGGCCCGCGCCGCGCCGCUGAUCCCCGAGCCCCCGCCGCCCCGGUCGGGACGAGCGUGGGGGUGCCGUGCUGGGCAGGCCGCCGCUGCCGCGCGCCGGCUCCGCUCCUCCUCCGAUCCGCCUGCCGCCGCCGCUGCCGCCGCGGGGAAGGGGCCCGGCCCGGCCUGGCCCGUCCGUAGCGGCGGCGCAGCCAUGGCUCACUCGCCCGUGCAGCCGGGCCUGCCCGGGAUGCAGAAUCUAAAAGCAGAUCCUGAAGAGCUUUUUACAAAACUUGAAAAAAUUGGAAAAGGUUCCUUUGGUGAGGUGUUUAAAGGCAUUGACAAUCGGACUCAGAAAGUAGUUGCCAUAAAAAUCAUUGAUUUGGAAGAAGCAGAAGAUGAAAUUGAAGACAUUCAGCAAGAAAUCACAGUGCUGAGCCAGUGUGACAGUCCAUAUGUCACCAAGUAUUAUGGAUCUUAUCUCAAGGAUACCAAAUUGUGGAUAAUAAUGGAAUAUCUUGGUGGAGGUUCUGCAUUAGAUCUAUUAGAACCUGGCGCUCUAGAUGAAACUCAGAUUGCUACCAUUUUAAGAGAAAUCCUGAAGGGACUUGAUUAUUUGCAUUCAGAAAAGAAAAUUCACCGAGAUAUCAAAGCUGCAAAUGUUCUGCUAUCUGAACAAGGGGAAGUAAAACUUGCCGAUUUUGGAGUAGCUGGGCAGCUGACAGAUACCCAAAUAAAAAGAAACACCUUUGUAGGCACCCCAUUCUGGAUGGCACCAGAAGUCAUCAAGCAGUCUGCCUAUGAUUCAAAGGCAGAUAUCUGGUCCCUGGGCAUAACAGCGAUAGAGCUGGCUAAAGGAGAACCUCCCCAUUCAGAGCUGCACCCAAUGAAGGUUUUAUUCCUCAUUCCAAAGAAUAAUCCACCAACGUUGGAAGGAAACUACAGCAAACCCCUCAAAGAGUUUGUGGAGGCCUGUCUGAACAAGGAACCAAGCUUUAGACCUACAGCAAAGGAGUUGUUGAAACACAAGUUUAUAAUAAGGAAUGCAAAGAAAACAUCUUACUUGACAGAGCUCAUUGACAGGUACAAGAGAUGGAAGGCUGAACAGAGCCAAGAUGACUCCAGUUCAGAAGAUUCAGACACAGAAACAGAUGGUCAAGCAUCAGGUGGCAGUGACUCAGGAGACUGGAUCUUUACAAUCAGAGAAAAAGAUCCUAAGAACUUGGAGAAUGGAGCAGUUCAGCCACAGGAACUAGAAAGAAAUAAGGUGAAAGAUAUUCCAAAGAGGCCUUUGUCUCAAUGCUUAUCUACAGUCAUUUCUCCUUUAUUUGCAGAGUUGAAAGAGAAAAGCCAGGCAAGUGGAGGCAACAUGGGAUCCAUUGAAGAAUUGAGAGGUGCAAUUUAUUUGGCAGAAGAAGCCUGUCCUGGGAUCUCGGACACCAUGGUGUCUCAGCUUGUACAGAGGCUUCAGAGAUAUUCACUGAGUGGUGGAGGAACUUCAUCCCACUGAAGUUUUUUUUUUUUUCUUUUUUUCUUUUUUGGUAUUUGGGUUUUUGUUUUUUCUUUUCCUUUCCUUUCCUUUCCUUUUUUUUUAAUCAACAAGACCCUGUGGUGUGACUCCCCUGAAGCGGUAUGUGACUGACUGCAGGGAUCAUCCCCCAUGGCCAGAGGAGGGAGAGCUGUCCACAGAACAUACAUUCCUCAGUGUGCCACAGCAAGAUGAAGUCUCCCAUUUGGGUGGUGUAUCAGCUCCUUAAAGCUAGUUAUAUUUUGUUAAUGUUAUUAUUAUUGUUUUUAAUUUUAACCAUAGUGCAUAUAUUCAAGGGAAGUAUCUUUAAAAAAAAAAAAAAACACACACAAAAACAAAUAAACCAACCCUGAAAUGUAUAUUUGGGAUUGUGAUAAGGCAACUAAAGAUAUUGUGAAACCUCAGGUAUCCUGCUUUAAGUUGAUAACUCCCACAGGAGAUGGAGAGUCGCUCUGUUGGAUCUGUGUACAGAUUUGUAUAUAAUGUCAUUUUUACUGAAACCCUUUCAGCGUGCAUAAGAAAUCACUGUGUACAAAAUGGCCAAGUGCUUCUGUAGAUAAUAUUAGUGGAGUAAAUAUUUGACAGGCCAUAACUGAGUAUAUUGCCUUGCCUUUAUUACAUGUACAUUUUGAAUGAUGUGACCAGUGAUUUGGAUUUGAUUUGGUAUCUGCAGGAUUUGCCAUUGAAUAAUAAUUAUGCCCUCUUAUGGACAACUCCUGUUUGUACCUAAACAAAUGCAGAAUUUUCUUGGUUUUGACCCCCAUAUCUCUUUUGGUACACACAGAGGUUGCUUUUCAUUUUUUAAUGAUGGUACUAUUUCUCAGUGUUUUAAAUUGGAACGCGGCUAGCCUCGCAAACCUUUAAAUUAUUUUAAGUUCUCCUUUUGCCCCCAGAAUAAGUAUCUUCAUUCGUUUCACUUUGGUUUUAAAUUGUACCACUGCCAAUUUUGCACCAGAUGUAUCAUCCCUUUCAGUACUAUAUUCUGUUGAACCUUGUAGUAGAAUCUGAAUAUCAUCUUUCCCACCUAAACAUGUCGAAUGCUUACAUGAAUAAAUUUUAUAUUACACCAGUUUUGAAAAAAAAUCUUGAAAUGUGACUAAGAAGAAAGUUGUUUCCUUCCACCAUUUCCUGUGUCUUGCAUGUGCGUGCGUAUGUGUGCAUACACUCUCAAGUUUUGAAGGGUAGAAGAAAUGACCCAUUUUAAAAACCUGAAUUUUAUUCAAGCUCCUGUGCAUUUCCUUGAAGAGAUAUGGAUGAAUGUUACUGGUAUAUUUGGCAGAUACUUGGGAGAUUGCUAUACUCAUUUCCUUUAAAAUCACAGGUAUAACAUAACAGUCAUUAUUAUUCCCAGGGCAUACUGACUUCUUGGAGAGCCUGCCUUUCAGGGUAAAAAGAAAACUCUUGGUUUCUCUGUAUAGGGUAGGUAGGGGAGGACUUCUGAAUUAAUUGCCUUAGGGUUUUCAUGAGUAAAUGUCUUAACACAAGGUGGUAUUGAUAUAUUGAGUCCCUUAUUUCUCAUAUAUUUUAAAGAAUUAUCAUUUUUAAAGAAUGUUAUGUCUCCUUGCCUGUCUUUGUGUUAACAGCCAGAAGACAGGUAAUUCCAGAAACAUUUAAGUUGUAUGAAAAGCUUAGAUAUGUGAGACACUUAUUGGUUUAGUGCAUUAUGUACUACAGUAAAGAAAAAAGAUUCCCAAGUAGUUUUUAGGUGAGUGGGCAUUAACUGAGUGAGGAAAAGCACUAUUUUUUUUUUUUAAACCUCUGCCUUUAGUUAUAUUGUGAUCUUAGAAACUCUGUCUUUGGUUGAGCCAUGAAUUUCUGUGUGGGAUACAUUUUGAUUCUGGGAAAUAAACACAAUUUUUUGUUGUCUAGUUGUGCAUACCUGUCCCUAACAUACUUAAGACUAACAAUUUGGGGCCUAUCGGCCUGUAAUUGCUGAGCCCGUAUGGUCAGAAUUGGCUUCUAUGUAUUUUACAUACACUUAAAUUCAGUUGAGUUUAUUUCACUAAAAGAAAGAUCAGUUUUUCCCCUGGCAGCUGUGUGUUACUGGCUUUUUUUAAAAAGUAAAAUGACAUAGCAGUUUUGAAAGAUUAAUAAUACUGUUGAAACUUAGAAAAGAAUAAAGUCUAUGUAUACUUUUCAGUAGUGAGACAAUCCUGUAUAAUAGUAGAUUUUGUUCAGAAGGGCCAGGUUUAUUAUUCAAACUUCUUUGAUAUUAAUAGUUAAAUAAUCUUUAAUCAGCUUAUAAUUGUAGUCUGAAUUCUGGUUUUUUGUAUGUGAACUACUUUAAAUUAGUUCACAUUUGGGGGAAAUGUGUGGAUUAUUGACUUUCUUUGGAUUAGGCUUUCUGUGGGUAGCAGCAUUUACUUAGAUUCAGAAAAUUCUCAAUCAUAAACGCAUAAUAUAGUACACUUUCCUGCGCUAUAAUGUCCCCCCAUCCCACAAAAAUGAAAGACUGUUGAUAGGAGAUUAGUCUCCUGUGAUGUGGUCUUUUUAAGGGAAUCUGGCCUGUCUUUCAAGAUCCUUCCACUUUAGAGAUUCUAUCUCACUUUUAAAGUUUCUCACUUCUUUAAAGAACUUUAAAAUUCUCAGUUGGAAGUCUUAAUUCUAGCAGUAUGAGUGCUGUAGGACUUAAAAUUAGAUUUAUACUAGGCAAGACAUUCUUCAUGGACCUAUAUAGAGAUAGGCCGGAGGUUAGUUGUUUAGAAUAGAAUAUAGUGAUACUUGAGGGCAAUUAUUUUAUUUUCUCAAACAAAAAAUAAUGAAAAUGCAUUCACCCAGAAGAGAGGUAGGGGUGUGUGUGUGUGUGUGUGUGUGUGUGUGUGUAGUUUGACCACAUAGUCACAAUGUCCAACUUGGUAUUUGGGGUUAAAUCAACUUACCCUUGGAAACAUUUUGGCAGCCCUGGGAAUUACCUAAUGGAAGAGAUUGGCUUUGUCUUUUGGGGGGGGGGGGGGCUGCUAUUGCAAUAGGUGGUACCUUGGUAAAGUA